UUUCGAUUUCUUAACGCUAUUAAUUGCUUUGCAUCAAAUAUAAUUUUUAUUUAGAGUUAAAUAUUACAGGCAGACUUUAAAACUAAAUAUUUUGCAAUUACAUUUUUUUAUUGUAAAUUACAAAUAUGCCAAAAGUACGUAGAAGUCGCAAGCCACCACCGGACGGAUGGGAAUUGAUUGAACCGACGCUUGAGGAAUUGGAGCAAAAAAUGCGUGAGGCUGAAACUGAGCCACAUGAAGGCAAACGUAUCACCGAGUCACUUUGGCCAAUCUUCAAAAUACACCACCAGAAGUCUCGCUACAUUUACGAUUUGUUCUAUCGGCGCAAAGCUAUUAGCCGUGAAUUGUACGACUAUUGUCUAAAAGAGAAAAUUGCCGAUGCGAAUUUGAUUGCAAAAUGGAAAAAAUCUGGUUAUGAAAAUUUGUGUUGUUUGCGUUGUAUUCAAACACGAGAUACAAACUUUGGUACGAAUUGUAUUUGUCGCGUACCAAAAUCUAAGCUGGAAGAAGGACGUAUUGUGGAGUGCGUACAUUGUGGUUGCCGCGGUUGUUCGGGCUAGUGUAGGAAUAAUUAACGUUAAAGUCUUGCGAUUUCAAGAUUUUUAGUAACUAGUGAAUGUAUAGUAAUAUAAUACUACAUAUAUCUAUACGUAUAUAAUAUAGCUAUUAUAAUAUAGCUGUAUAUAAUAUAGUUAAUUAGACCGAACAGGCGAUUUUUUUUUAAACA